AUGAAAAGCUUUUCAGCAAUUUUCAUUGCCUUUGCACUCUUUCAUGAAUUUGUGGAGAGUUCCUCGUUGCCCCUCAAAGUCAACAAUACUUACAAUUCAAGUCAACCACUUGGUACUAAGUGCACUCUAACGGGGACAUACAGAAAGGGAACCGAUAUCUCUUUAUGCAGCAAGAUCACAGUCAGUUCGUUGACUGUUCCGGCUGGUGUUACGCUGGACCUGAGUAAAGCCAAACGCGGAACUAUCAUCGAGUUUGUCGGCACCACUACUUUUGGCACAAAAAUGUGGGAUGGACCUCUUGUGCGUGUUACUGGAAUUGACCUCCAGGUAAAAGGAUCAGGUAUUCUAGACGGUCAAGGGGCUCGGUAUUGGAAGAAAGGCCAAUCGAUCACACGUCCAGUUUUUUUUAAACUUCUAGGCGUCAUGACGUCAACGAUAUCUGGUCUUACCCUUAAAAAUAUGCCAUAUCGUACCUUCAGCAUCGUCAAUUGCAAGAAAACGACACUUACUGGUCUCACUCUUGACUCGAGUGCCGGUAAUGGCAUCGCAACGAACACGGACGGAUUCGAUCUGACCAAAAAUGACCAAAUCACGAUUACAGGCAACAUCAUUCGCAACCAAGAUGACUGUCUAGCUAUGCAGUCGAGCACAAAUACAGUGUUUACCAAUAAUUGUUGCUACAAUGGUCACGGAAUUUCGAUUGGAUCUAUUGGCGGACAAGCUGUCGACGAGUCGACAACAGUUCAAGGUCUAUUAGUUCAAGGCAAUACGAUCCAGGAUAGUGAAAACGGUCUUCGUAUCAAAGCUAUCAUUGGACUUCAAGGGCUUGUCUCCAAUGUGAAAUACAUUAACAACAAGGUUGUGAACGUGAGGAAUGCUAUCGUCAUCCAUUCGGACUACAGUAAGGCCAGAGGUCGCUACACAGGCGCUCCAACUAGUAAGGUUACCAUUUCGGGGGUCACCAUUUCGGGUCUUUCAGGUUCAGCCUCUAAACUGUACGACAUUGGCGCUAAUCCCGAUUGCGUAUCGGGCUUGGACUUUUCGGGCUUGUCGUUGAGUUACUCACUUCGGGGAACAAUUUCAGGCCUUGCCGCUAACAUAAAGAUUUAG